AUGAUCGGCGCGCUGGUGGGGAGGCGGAAGACGACGGGCGAGCGGGUGACGCUGAAGGCGUUUAGCGGACAACUGUUCGGCGAGUGGAGAGUCGAGGGAUGGGCGCCGCCGGUGGGGGAGCUGACGCACGAUACGGCGUAUUACAAGAGUGAACACGGGAAAAUAAAGGCGCUGAGCGAGCGCAUCGCGAAGGCGGAGAUGGAGGAGAGGAUGACGCGCGCCGAGGUGCGCGAGGCGACGGCGGCGCGAGACGACGAGGCGAAAGCGCUCGCGGCGGAGGCGAAACGCGCGAAAGAGGCGAGACGAAGAGCCAGAGCGGACGGGGCGAGCGAUGCGAUCGUCGAAACGCUGGAUGAAGAGAGUCGCGCGUCGAAACGAGCGAUGUCGACGUUGAAGAAAGCGCGCGACGCCGCCGUCGCGCCGAAACUCGAAAUCUUGGCGCGCUUGCGCGCUCGCAUCGACGACAUGAAGUCCGAGCGCAAAGCCUUAUCGCGCGCGUUGCAGGAUAAAAUCUGGGAAGGUUAUAAAUUACCGAGCCUCGGUGGACAAGUUCGUCCGCUUCGCGACGUGUUUCAUCCGCCCGUCGCCGCGCUUCCGUGCGGGUGCGCGGAUUGCGCCGCGCCCAAACUCUUAGCCUGGGCGCACACCCUCGGGAUCACUCCGACGUCGAUCGCCGAAAUAUGGAUCGGCGCGUCUCGACCGCGCGACUUUCGCGUCCGCGGCGUCGCGUACGGGGCGUGCCGAGACAAAUGCGUCCCCAUCAUGGGACACAUGCUCUGUCCCGAGCCCCCCGACGCGCGUAGCGUCGACGCCACGACCCCCUGUCGUCAUAGGUAG